AAAUACCCAUUGUUGAAUGCAUCGGUUCUCCAUUCACAACACCAAAAAAGAAAAAUUCUUUUUCUAAAACACAAUCCCAGAAUAGCUUUUGAUCAAAAACCUAAAAUGGGUAGCCUUGAAAAUGAGAGAAAAACAACUGGAUGGGCAGCUAGAGACCCUUCUGGCAUCUUGUCUCCUUAUACUUACUCUCUUAGGAACACUGGUCCAGAAGAUGUUUUCAUCAAGGUUAUAUGUUGUGGAAUCUGUCACACUGAUAUUCAUCAAGCCAAAAAUGAUCUUGGCAUGUCAAACUACCCAAUGGUUCCCGGGCAUGAAGUGGUUGGUGAGGUGGUGGAAGUAGGAUCGGAUGUAACUAAGUUCACUGCCGGAGACAUCGUCGGCGUCGGUUAUGUUGUUGGAUGUUGCAAGAAUUGUAGUCCAUGCAACACCGACCGUGAACAAUACUGUGCUAAGAAGAUCUGGACGUACAAUGAUGUUUAUACCGACGGUAAACCUACUCAAGGUGGCUUUUCUGGUUCCAUGGUUGUUGAUCAAAAGUUUGUGGUGAAAAUCCCAGAUGGAUUAGCACCAGAACAGGCAGCACCACUGUUAUGUGCCGGGGUGACAGUUUACAGCCCACUGAAUCACUUCGGCUUAAAGGAGAGUGGUCUAAGAGGAGCAAUAUUAGGACUCGGAGGAGUAGGGCACAUGGGGGUGAAGAUGGCGAAAGCAAUGGGACAUCACGUCACUGUCAUAAGCUCUACCGACAAGAAAAAAACAGAGGCAUUAGACCACCUCGGUGCCGAUGAAUACUUAGUCAGCUCUGACACCGAAGCGAUGCAAAAAGCAGCCGAAUCACUCGACUACAUCAUCGACACCGUGCCUGCUUUUCACCCUCUCGAGCCUUACCUUUCAUUGCUGAGAAUCGAUGGGAAAUUGAUAUUGACUGGCGUAAUUAACACCCCUCUUCAGUUCCUCACCCCAACGGUCAUGCUUGGGAGGAAGUCCAUUGCAGGGACGUUGGUUGGGAGCAUGAAGGAACAAGAGGAGAUGUUGGCGUUUUGUAAGGAGAAAAAUUUGACCUCAAUGAUCGAAGUGGUGAAGAUGGAUUAUAUAAACACAGCUAUAGAGAGGCUUGAGAAAAAUGAUGUUCGAUAUAGGUUUGUGGUUGAUGUUGCAGGAAGCAAAAUUGAUGACCAAUAGAACUAUAUAUAUAUAAAUGUGACUCUGUUUUUGUUUACACAUUAGAAAAUAAGGUGUGUGUUUUAACUUUGUAUUGGCAUGACCGUCAACGUAAUUAUGUGGUUUAGGGCUUUACCUCCUCUUAUAAUUUACCAAAUAAAAUAAAGUUUGUGUUUUAAGUUAGAA